AUGCCGAAGCUAAAACUACACUCGCUUCCACUGAGUCUCUUAGCACUCCUAGGAGUUGCCCUAGCCGGCGUCUCAGCCUCAGCAUCCUCUUCAUCAUCACCAGCAAACUCGGACGAAGAAGUCGAACUCAUCUGCCACACCUCCAACCCAGCAGAAUGCUACCCCAAGAUCUUCCAGCCCACCUCCGAAUUCCAAAUCGUCUACCCAGGCCAGGAUCUUCCCGUGGGGCUUCACGUCCGUCUAAACAUCUACACCGGCCAAAAGGAAGCCAAGAUCAACGUCCCCGAUGAAGCCGUCGACUCGUCUCUCGAAGGGUUCCCCGUCGACAAGUCCAUCGUGAUCGUGGACCCAGAAGAAGAAGAGCCUUCCGAAGAACAUUUUGACCAACCACUCAAACCGCCCAAAAAUGCCCCCGCCUACGACCCAGACGGCAAGAUCAAGGAGCCCAGGAAAGAAACCGCCGAGUCGCAGGAGGAAGGCUCAGCCUUCUACAAAUCCUUGACUAUCCUCAAGAAGGGGCUAGAUAUCGACCAAGCCCUGGAAAUGCUCGAGGAAAUUUCCCACGAUAUCUACUACGGGCUCAAGAUCGCCGAGGACUACGAUACCGUCCGCGAGCUUUUCUGCUUGGCUAACUCGGCUUCCAUAUUCUCUUCUUCUUCUUCUUCUGCUGAAGGACCAUCAAAAGAAAAAGACCUCACCCGCCCUCGCGCCCGCCUAGCAGCCCUCACCAUCUCCUCGACCGUCCAAAACAACCCCAAGGCUUUGGCGGAAAUUAGCAAGCAUUGGACCACCGGCGGCCUUUCACAAGACACUUGCAGCACCUACUCCAAGUCCAACUCCAAGUCCAGCUCCAAGUCACAGGAGUCAGAGUCAGAACCGCUACAAAUCUCCACUUUCCGUCUCCUUCCCUCCUCCUCCUCCACCUCUCUUUCUUCGGCAGUCCCAGCCUCCCUAAUCAAAGCCCGCAUCUCCGCCAUCUCGGGGCUCCUCAAGUCCCCUCCAAUCCGCCAAUCCUUCCUCUCCGCCAACGGCAUGGACCUGCUCCUUCAGGUCCUCCUCCUUGAUACCCCUGUCGCUUCUCAAGCCCAGGGAGAAGAAUGGGAAAAAGUCCGGCGCCAAGCCGGCCAUCUGAUCCUUGACAACUUCCUGGACGAGAAUAUGGGCGCCGUAUUGGGAGAGUGGCCUAACGCUGUGAGGGAGGUGCAAGCUAGUGAUAAGGAGUGUGCCAGCCGUACUCAGAGUCAGGGUGAUGAUGAGAAGAGCAAGGAGGGUCAGGGUCAGGGUGACUGUUGGGAUUGGCACGCUAAGCAGCUUGCUGAUAGGUACAAGAAGGAAGGAAAGGGAGGGAAGGGCCACUGGAGCUGGGAGUUGUGGAAUAAGUUGAAUGAGCAGAGGAAGAAUAAUGCUUCAAGCAGCAAGAAGAAUAAGGGUGCUAAGAAGGAUGAGUUGUGA